UUGGCAAAAAUCGUAGUUGAUAAAUUAGCUCAAAGAAAGUUUGUUUUGGUCGCAGUCCAAAUGGAUCACUCAUUUCAAUAUUGUUUUGGUCGGCUCAAAUGGUUACACAGUUAGUGUCAAACAACAAUUAUCUCAAAAGCUUAAGCUAUUGUGUAAGAAUCACAUGAAUGAUUUUAAAUUAUAAUUUCUUUCUUGUUAAUGUCAAUCAGGUUGGUCGAUCAAGCCAAUCAAAUACAAAAUUACAAUUAGGAUCAAAGCAUGACUUCUAAUUUUCUCCGCCUAGAUGACAAGCUUCCGAAGGGUUAACUGCCAUAGUCAAUGAUUGGACGGUUAACUGCCAUAGUCAAUGAUUGGACUAGAAGUGCUUAUAGUUGAUGCAUAUGCAUUGAGGAUGUCAAGGUGUUUUAUGUUCAAAUCAAUCAAAUGUAUAUAAGUAUAACAUAGUUGUUUCGGGACAGAUUUUGAUUAUAGUCUAGGCACACACUAGGAUUUGGGCGGUGAUGAAAAUAUGAUUACUUCGGAAACAUUGUGUGUGACCAUUCCUAUAUACAAAUUGGAUUCGCAGACAUAGAGACAACACCACCACCCCAACUAUAUAAUUAUGUUUGAUAGAGAAUCCUAGGGAUUUUUCAUUGUUCUUAGACAAUUAGAACUCAGGUCUUAUGUGAUGCUAAUGUGAGAUUUAGCACAUCUUAAGUGAGAAAGUCUCUUUAGAAAUGAGCUAUCAAACCACCAACCUCGUAGAUCACCUGACACAAGUUGUUUUAACUUACGCAUAGGUUUUGGGUCUUGUGAAUGCACUUUGUGUUAAUGUUAUUCAAUUCAUUGUUUUGAUUACAAAAUAAUGUAAUUAUAGAGGCUGCUCUAAAUCUAUCAGAUCUGCAACUGCCAGCUGUCAGGUGGUGAUGUCUGAAUAAAUUCUGAAUUAAGGUGGUGACUAUCACAAUCUAACAGAUACCCAACACUGUCACUGAUAAAAUCUAACACCAGCUCACUAGAUAAAUUGGUUGGCUCCACUCAGGUAUAAUAAGAAGUGUGCAUGUUUGUCCCUAAACUGAGUAAUUAAUAAUGGUUAUAAUUAUAUAAUAUAUAUACUGUAGAAUUAAUGUAAAAGUACAUUAUAAUCAUAAUAUUAACAUAUAAAGACUCAAAAACUGAUACUAGCUUACAAACUCAUGUUACAGGAGGCUUUUUUACUGUGUAUAUUAAUGUAAAAUUUUAUUAGCUUCUCAGCAAACGGGUCAAAUGAGUUUGCAUCAUGUUGUUUAAUAUAAUGAACUGAGGGAAACUCAGAUCAGAUCUCAGAUUCCAUCUUAUGAUCUUAAUCAUCAUGAUAUUAGCAAAGGAAAAGAAAAAUUCCCUCAGGUAUGCCAUAACGUGUGUGUGUGUGUGUGCGCUUUUUGUAUGUAUAUGAGAGAGAAUCCACCAUGCUAAAUUUAUGUAUAUUUAUCUUUUAGCGAGACUUUCAACAAAAUUGGUGCCUGUUUGGACGGCACAAUUCAGAGGAAUCUACUACAAUAGUAGCCUCCCCCAGUUGCUUACUUGCUUCAAGGCUCACAAGUCCAUAAAAAGCUGAGUUUUUGAAUAUCUUAAAACAAUUUAAUUCAUACAAGAUUAUUUUACUGAUUACUUGUCAAUUCUCAUGUUUAAAUCUAUUGUUAAUUGAACAAGUAUUAAAAGAAAAACUCCUCUGUUUCUUCCUAUACAGGUAUGAUCCACCGGAGGUAUUCGAGCCGGAAACAUCUACAUCGAGACUAGCUCUCCAGGAUAGAGGUUUGUUCCAUUGCAUAAGACUUGAACUCGAGACAUUUCUCAAGGAGAAUCAAUUAUGGAACACUUAAAAUAUUAUAUAUGGUGGGGCUAACUCUCCUUUAGAUGAAAAUUAAUUUGAACUGAUAUCAAAAGAUGUACUCUCACAAAAAUGAAGACAUCUAGCUACAUAAUUGAGAGUAGGAAAUUGUAACUUCAUAUGAGAAGAAUUCAAAUUUAAAUUACACAUGGGUUGAUUCAAUUAAAUAUUGGAGCCAGAUACCACAUUUGUAUAUAUAAAUGCUGAUAGGUACUCAACAACUUGAAGCGACAGUUUUCUCCCAUCAAAGAUAACUUCAAAUUAAACCCAAAGAAAUCUGCAAUAGCAUGUCUGGUUGGUCCGCUGAGAAAGCCAAGAGAGCUUAUAUCCAGGCUCUCAAAAUGGCCAAAAAGGGCAAAGAACCUGAUGUAGCUGAGUUCAUAUCUGCCCUUGCAGCAGGCAAUAAUGCACAGCUCAUGGUGGUGGCCAAUGCCGGAGUGGCUGGGCCUGCCACACUGGCGCUGGCUGCAGCCGCACACCAGACCGCUGGCCGUGCGGUGUGUGUUUGUUGCGGGGAGAAUGAAUUGCAAGCAUCAAAAAAGGCUCUGGGAGUUCAUAGACAUGGUCUUGAGUUUGUUGUGGGAGAUGCUAAGUGCCUUCUCCUAGGUGAUUACAAAGGAGCUGAUUGUGUGCUAGUAGAUUGUGACAUCACUAGUGCAAAGGAAGUUUUUGUAGCAGCAUUGAAAGGGGCUAACAAAGAUGGGGCAAUUGUGGUUGGGUAUAAUAUUAGGCACAGGGCAUCAAGGUGGAGGCAAUUGAAGGCAUCUUUUUUGCCUAUAGGAGAAGGGUUGCUAGUGACCAAAAUAGAUCCAAAUAAUGUGAAGGAUAAUGACAAUGUUGUUCAAAAAAGGAGGAGCCGUUGGAUUGUUCAAGUAGAUCAUUGUACUGGAGAGGAACACAUUUUUAGAGUCACCUCUCCACAGAAGAAAGUGCAGAUUGAAGUUUAAGGCCAUAAAUAUUGUGUAGAUCUAACUGUAUGUUAAGUUUUCAAGGCUUGAGUGUUUUUUCCCUUGUUAUCUUUGGAUUGUAAAAUAGAAUAAGAGCAAUUUGCAAUUUAGUAGUA